CCGACUUGCCAGGCUUGGGCGGAGGCCGAGGGAUGGCGAACGUGAGGGUGGCUGUGAGGGUCCGGCCCCUCAGCAAGAGGGAGACCAAAGAAGGAGGAAGAAUUAUUGUGGAAGUUGAUGGUAAAGUGGCAAAAAUCAGAAAUUUAAAGGUGGACAGUCGAUCAGAUGGGUUUGGCGACUCCCGGGAGAAGGUUGUGGCAUUCGGCUUUGAUUACUGCUACUGGUCAGUCAACCCAGAGGACCCCCAGUAUGCAUCUCAGGAUGUGGUGUUUCAGGAUUUGGGGACUGAAGUACUGUCUGGAGCUGCUAAAGGCUAUAACAUCUGCCUUCUUGCCUAUGGACAGACAGGCUCUGGGAAGACAUACACCAUGUUGGGGACCCCAGCCUCUGUUGGGCUGACGCCACGGAUAUGUGAGGGUCUCUUCAUCCGGGAGGAAGACUGUGCUCCACUCCCUUCCUCCUGUAGGAUAAAAGUAAGUUUUCUAGAAAUCUAUAAUGAACGAGUGAGGGAUCUGCUGAAGCCACCUGAUCAAAAAAAGUCCUAUACCCUGCGGGUCAGGGAGCACCCAGAGAUGGGGCCUUAUGUACAAGGUUUAUCUCAACAUGUAGUUACCAGCUAUAAGCAAGUAAUUCAACUCUUGGAGGAGGGAGUAGCAAACAGAAUCACAGCAGCUACCCAUGUUCAUGAGGCCAGCAGCAGAUCCCAUGCCAUCUUCACUAUCCACUAUACACAGGCGGUUCUGGAGAACAACUUGCCCUCUGAAAUCACUAGCAAGAUCAACCUUGUGGACCUAGCAGGCAGUGAAAGAGCGGACCCCAGUUACUGUAAGGACCGGAUCACUGAAGGAGCCAAUAUCAACAAGUCUCUUGUGACUCUAGGAAUUGUCAUCUCCACUUUAGCCCAGAACUCUCAAGUAUUCAGCAGCUGCCAGAGCCUCAACAGUGUAACCAGCAAUGGUGGUGACAGUGGGAUUCCUAGCUCUCCUUCUGGGACCUGUAGUGGAGGGGGACCCUCCCGGAGGCAGUCUUACAUCCCAUAUCGGGACUCCGUGUUGACCUGGCUGCUGAAGGACAGCCUUGGUGGCAACUCCAGAACCAUCAUGGUUGCCACUGUGUCUCCUGCACACACUAGCUACAGUGAGACCAUGAGUACACUGAGAUACGCAUCCAAUGCCAAGAACAUCAUCAACAAGCCACGGGUAAAUGAGGAUGCAAACGUAAAGUUGAUCAGAGAGCUCAGGGAAGAGAUUAGACGACUGAAAGCCAUGCUAUUGAGCUUCGAACUGAGAAACUUCAGAUCAUUGAAUGAGAAGGAUGGAAAUCUGAAGGAGCUGGUUCUCCAGAAUGAAUUGAAGAUAGACCAGCUGACUAAAGACUGGACCCAUAAGUGGCAUGAGUGGAAGGCCUUCGUGGAGCAUUACAGAGUGGACAUCAACAGGAGGAGGGCUGGGGUUGUCAUUGACUCCAGCCUGCCACACCUGAUGGCCUUGGAGGAUGAUGUGCUCAGCACAGGUGUCGUACUCUAUCACCUCAAGGAAGGGACAACAAAAAUAGGAAGGAUUGACUCAGAACAGGAACAGGAUAUUGUCCUGCAGGGUCAGUGGAUAGAGAGAGACCACUGCACGAUCACCAGCGCCUGUGGGGUCGUCAUUCUGCGGCCUGCCCAGGGGGCCCGCUGCAUAGUCAAUGGCCGGGAGGUCACUGCCUCCUGCCGCCUGACCCAAGGAGCAGUCAUAACCCUGGGGAAAGCACAGACGUUCCGAUUCAACCACCCAGCAGAGGCCGCUGUCCUUCGGCAGAGAAGGCAGGUUGGAGAGGCUGUUGGUGGCAGUGGCUCUUUGGAGUGGCUGAACUUGGAUGGAGAUGUCACUGCCUCCAGGUUGGGUCUCUGCCCUUUGCUUUGGAAGAAAAGGAAAGUGCUGGGGGAGCAGCGUGACAAGGACCACCAGCUACCCAGGGCUGGAGAGACAGUCCAGAGGGCCGAGAUUCAGCAGCAGCAGUGCUACACGGGGGAUUUGAGGCAGCGAAUCCUAGUGCAACAGAUUAGAGCCAAGCAGGACCUGGAAUUGGACCAGGCGCAUGUCAGCUGGCAGAUUAAAGACAACCAGCAGUGGUGGCUCAGAGAAGAGACCUGGUUGGCCAGCUUGCAACAUCAGCAUCAGCAAGACCGUGUAGCAGAGAAAGAACCUGAGGCCUCUGUGCCAACUGAUUCUUGGCUUCAGACAUAUCCUGAGACUCAACCAUCCCCACUGGUCCGAAGCCAGAAGAGGGCAGUACCACGUCAGUUCCUUCGGAGACGAGCUCUACGGGCAGCAGAGCGGACCGUCCGGCGAAAAAAGGUCUCUUUUCAGCUAGAGAGAAUCAUUAAGAAGCAGAGACUGCUGGAAGCCCAGAGGAGACUGGAGCAGCUCAAGGCAUUGUGCUGGCUCCAGGAUGGUUGUCCCCAAGACCCCCAACACCAGGUCCCCAGCCCCAAUGCCACGGCCACAGGGCAUCAAGGUAGAAGCAGAUCGACAAGUGGCAGCUCUUUGAGCCUCCGAAGCCUCUGCCUCCAGUACUUGCCCCAGCUAUGCAGUGUUUUCCGGAAUCAGGGCCCCUCCACCACGUUACCUCCUAUGCCUGACUCUACUGAUCAGACAUCAGAGAAAAGCCAAUCAGAAGAGUCUUUGUCCCAGGCUGCUCCUUACCCUCCAAAGACAGGGCAUUUCAACAUCAAUGUCCUUCGUUCCUCAGGCGAGGGGCAGCUCUGCACAGCCAGGGCAGCCUUGGCCAGGAGAUCCUGGGCCCCAGGCACCUGCUUCAGCAUGAGCUCUGAGUCUUCCAGCAUCCAGGAAAUGGAGAGAGUGGGCAAGCAUCCCCACCCAAUGGUGUCCCAGAACUUAGCAUCUCUGGGCCAACCAGCUAACAAGCUGAAGCCAAGGGAUGAGCCAGACGCCCUCACACCUUCUAGCAAGACCUGGAGGGCUAAGGGACUAUCAGACUCUGGCCACAGACCAGCAGGGUGGCGAAAAGAAGGGGACCUUGGGACCCACAAGGCUGCUAAAGGAGCCAGUUGCAGUUCCUCAUAUCCCCAUGGAUCCAGACAGGCAGCUGGGCAUGGAAAGGCAGCCAAGACUUUUUGGAUAGAAUCCAAACCACCUUCUCCAAGCAGGGCAUCAAAAGGGCAGCAGAGAGUGUUGGCAACUAGGGUCAGAGACAUUACCAAAAAGUCCUUUCGUUUCCCUUUGAAGAGGCAACACAGUGCAGGAGACCCAGACACCAUGGCCUCACUCACAGAUGUCGGCCCAGUAAUGGAUCAUAGGAGAGAAAAAGAUGGUGAUUUAUCGGAUGCAGAUAGCACUUACUCGGUGGAUUCUCUCUCCUGUGUCUGUGCCAAAGACCUAAUGGAGCCACUGAAGCCAGGGAACCCCCAGGGGAAGGAACAGCAUCUCUCAGAGCCAGAGAACACUGAAAGUGACAACAGCCAAAUAUCCGAGGACUCGCUGACUGAGAAUGGGAACCAAAUCCCACAGAACAGCCCAGGGGGCAGUUAUCUCACCAAUGGCUAUGGUCACCCCAGGGCCAGAGCUAGAGCCACUGUGAGGGGCUUCACCACAUCUUCGGACAGUGGACUAUUCACCCAGGCUCGUAGGAGCUUUUCUCUGGAUAGCCUGAUUGACGCUGAGGAAGAACUGGGGGAAUAUCAGCAAGAAGAGCCUUUCUUCAGUUCAGCUGACGAGAUGCCAACAGAGACGUUUUGGCACCUGCAGACCUCCAGUCUGCCCAUAGUGGACCAGGAGGCAAUGUACAGGCUUGGUCCCAUCACUCAAAGAACAGGAGCCAGGCUGGAUGCCAUCUUGCCAAUGAGUAGUUCAUUUUACCUUGAUUCCCAGCCCCAGCUCCCCUGUGAGCAGCCCGAGUGGAAGGUGGAGACAAGCUCCUUUGAGCAAGCCAACUCUCUCCAAGGCAUGCAGGUUUCAAGAGGGAGCCCUCUAUUGUCCAUGGAUUCCUGGUUUUCCUGUGACUCCAAGAUCAAUCCCAGCAGCCCCCAAGGAAUAGUGGGUUCUUUAUGUCCAAGUCCUGAUAUCCAGGAAUUUCACCCCUGUGGUUGGGAGAGGCCUGGAUACUGGCCAAAGAUGGAAGGACUAAAGCCAUCAGGUGCAGAAGCAGUCCUGUCCUAUACCUCCAAACUGCCCCGAGACAGUGCUGAGCUGCCCUGCAGUGUAAGAGCUGUGUACACAAUUCCUGCUUCUGAUACAUCCAGGCUAUCACUCUGGGGGUCUUACAGGCUUCUUCAGCCAGUAGCUGACAGCACCUUUCAGACCAGAGGUGUCCCUGACACAGCCGAGCAGGGCAGCUCUGAAACAUCCAACAACUCCAGUGUGUCGAGCGUGCUGCCUGCCUCUGAUGCCUCAUUUGCUCAUGUAGGCAGUGCCCGUGAGAGGGACUGGGCUGCCCUUCAGCACAAGUACCUCCUUGAACUAUCUCAUCCUGUUUUGGAGGCUAUAGGAGAGCCCAGGCCAGCUUUCACCUCCCUCGAGAAGGACUGUGGUUUCCUGACCCAAGCUUCUGGCAAAGGAGGAGAUACUCUAUUGGCAGUUGGUUCUAGGGUAUCUAACAGUUUGAAUUUCAGCAACUUUCCUAUCCAUAUGUCCCAAAUUAGGCGUUUGAGGGCAGAGAAAGAACAGGACAGUUUGAGUGUAGAGUUUGAAGGUACUUCAGAUGCCUUUACAACUAGUGAGAAAGAGGUGAGUUACAGUGGAAAUUAUUCAGCAGACGUAGAAUCGUCGACCUCUGGAACUACAAAUGCACAGGUCUUUGCAGCAGAGAACAAGGUUGCAAAGUCCACGGUAGAAGCAUAUGAAGUCAAACAGAACAACUUGGAAGAGUCCUCCCAGAGUGGCGGGAGGAAGCCUAGAUUGAUGACUUCCUCUGAUGUAUGUUUCUUUCUGAAGAACCCUUGUCACAGUAAUGUCACCAUAGCCACUGAAGACCAUUGGCCCCAAUGCUGUGUUCCUCUCAGGAAGAAGAGUAGUGGCCAAGCAGGGCAAUUAAAUCACAACAGCCACCACCCCCGACAGGAAGAGAAGGCAGACUACCAGGAGAGCUCCAAGGAAGUGGUUGGAAGACACACCAAUCUUUCCUUUGCCUUUCCGACGGGUCCAGAGCUGUACCUCCACUCUGCUCCUUGGAAUUCAUUCCCAUCUUCCCUGCAACCACCUCCCUUAGAAACAUUCUACAUGACCAAAAGCCGGGAUGCCCUGACAGAAACUGCCUUAGAGAUCCCGGCCUGCAGAGAAGCAAGAGUGUAUUCCCCACCCCCCAGGGAAGCCUGGGGCUUUGGUCAUGACUACCAAGUACUCCAGAAUGUUUAUUUAAAGAGUAAUUUGCCAGUGCUGUUACAAAAACAGAAUUCCAAGAUUGCCUCAUUGCAGCAGGUCACAGCAGAGAGGCCAGUUGAUUUCAGCACCAAGGAAGUUAGUGGAGAAAUAGGGAAAUGCCCUGGAAAUAUUCAAGAAGAAAGCCAUAAUUCAGUGUAUUUGUUUGUUGCUCAGAACAGACAUUUUCUUACAUCUGCCAGCACAGAAGUAUGUGAAUGUGAAAAUCAAGUUGGAAAUUUAAAUAAACAGAGUCUUCCAGCACUCAAGGAGGGUGAAAAGAUUACUAUACAGCCAUAUUGCAAUGUUUCCUCAGAUAGUUCUGGGUCUGGGGAGCCUCUUCUUAUUUGUGAAUCUCAGGCAGGUGGGGAGGAACAGCAAGAUCAGCAUACAGUCCUAAGACAUACCCAGGCCUCUGGGUGGAAUAGACAGCUCCCUUCUGGGGCCAGGUCUGAAUUCAUCUAUAAAACCAUCAGUUUAGGCCUUGACAGGGAUAUGCUAGGGGAAACUGCUUUUUCUUUGAAGUCUAGAUCACAUCCUAGAGUAAGCAGCCCAAAGAUAAUGGUCCAGGAUGGUAGUCCAACCCACAAGGGGAAAGGGAAGAAUGAAACUGGGCUUUCUAGAAAAUCUCUCCAUCCCAAAGACAGCUCAGAAGAGUAUAAGAUUCCAUGGACAGAAUCUACACAUGAAAGAUUCCAGUCAGUUAUAUACUCUCAGGAAAGAAACCUCACUGAAUGCCAGGGCCUUGGAAAGUCGCAAGAAACAUUAAAUCCCAGAGAACCACCUUCUGGAAAGAAGCAGAAUAAAAGAGUUAACAAUGCUGAUGAAAUGGCCAGGCUAAUUAAGAGUGUCAUGCAGCUAGAAAAUGGUAUCUUGGAAAUCGAAUCCAAGCAGAAUAAGCAGCUAUAUGCUUCCCACACACUAGGAGUCAGUAAUGAAUUUGUGUUCCAGGGUGAGGAGAUGGCUGACCAUGUCCUGAGGCCAGGCAGCUGUGGAGACCACUUGUACUUCAAGGAUCAGCCUUCUCCAAAACAAACAGAUGAUGCUGUCUUUAGAGAUGGUGAAAUGGAGGGUAACAGCAGCACUGGGGAAGAUCUCCAGCUCCAGGAAAUCACCCUGAGCCCCUUCAAGUCAAGCGAAUGGGUACAAGACAUUAAAUGUGUGAGAGAGCACACACUCCCAGCUGUAUUAGAUAGACCGGCCAGGGACACUUGUGAUUAUUUAGGGGCACGUACAACUCACAGUGAGUGCCCCAGAACUUUUGUUAAUCCAAGGACGACGAAAGCAUUGGCUAGAGCUGUGCCCUUGCAGGCCAGGCCUGAGUGGUCCUCUGAGAAGGAAAGCGAGUUGGUGCUUAUAUCAUCAAGCCCCAGAGGGCAGCCCUGUGGCUUGGAAAGUCUUGAGGAAUCAGAGACUGUGAAAGGUUUUCAGGAAAGUCAAGUUCCCAAACACAUAAGUAGUUUUAACCCAGAGGAGCCAAAAGUUCAAGGCAGAGUUAAAGAAAUGACUAUGCAAAGAGGAGAGAGACUACAAGAGGAAUACAGAAUGGUCUCACCCACUCAGAAACUUCUUAGUCCAAGCCGACGUUGUAUGGGCAGAUUUUUCCGCCAGGAGACUGGCCCAUUGCUGAGCUGGCCAGACUCCUCUACGGCUCCCCACCAAGACCCGAGUAACACCUUGCCACUGAAUUCCCUAAGACCACCAAGAAGCUGUCUUCGUGCUCCUGAUGCUACAGACAUCUCUUCAGUUGACUAUGUGCUGGAUCCUACAGUGCUGAAAAUGCCUGACAGUCUCUGGGUAACUGAAGCAGGAUGUCAGGGCCAGAGUGGAGAGCUCAGAAGCCACAGCCCUCAGGGAAAUGUUCGAGGGGGCUCCUCCAUGCCACACACUGCUUGGUGUGGGUCUGCGAUCUUCAUGGCUAUGGGAUCUCGGGAUCAAUCCAGUGCACCAGAGACCAUUCCUCAGGGGUCUGAGGGCAGGAGAUCAGCAAGCACCAGCCCCCAAGACCAAGGAGGGGGUCCCAGAAACACCUCGAUGGGCUUGAGUACCAGGGUGGGUUCUGCUUCUGAAGCCGAGGCAGCUGUACAGAAAGGAACAGAAAGAGCCAGCUCCCUGAACAUGGUCUCUAACCCGCUUGAAAAGAGUGCCAGCUGUCCCUUAGAAGAGGGUAAUGACCAAGGCAGGGAGGUAGGGCAGAAGGCAAAGAAGGAGGCUGAGGACCUAUGUCCUACCAUGGCUACUUUCUCAGCACCUAUGCCCCUGGAGCCACACCUGGAACCCUCUGCCCAUACAUCCACGGGCCUGGCUGUGUUGGAGGAAAUCAGAGAGACAAAGGCCCACGGAAAGCAGCUUCAUGACUUGGUGGCUGAGGGCACAGUCCUUCCUUACUAUGAGACUUUAUUAGAACCUGAAUGUUCUUCAAGGGCCCCUGGCAGACCUCAGUGUCAACAAAUGGACCAGCCAGUGUCAGACAGGACUGGGAAUAUGGGUGAAGCACAGGGACUUUAUGUGGCAUCUCCCUCUGCUGAACUAGGACAUGUGUGGACUGAUAAGAGGAAUGUCCUUAAGACCAUAUCCCUCUCUGCAGACAGCUUUCAGCCUUUGCCCAACACUGAAGUUAAAGGGUCAUGGCAGCCCUCACAGACUUCCUCCCAUGCUGACCCUGCUCUAGGCAAAAGCCAUUAUUCUGGAGAACUGAGACAUUUCCUGAGAGCAGAUGAGCAGUUUAUUUGUUACUCUGGUCCUUUUGAAAUCAUAGAGAAAAAGAAAGAAGCAUUUAGAGUAACUUCUGCUGAUCAUGUAGGCUUGGACAGUCUUCCUUCAGUAGCUAUAGAGGAGGACGGAAGGGUAAUAGAGAAAGUAGUGGGUGCCUUAUCUUCUCAGGACCCUUCUGACGAUCCUGGAGUGAGUCGGCAAAUCCAGUUAGUUCCCUGGGAGAUGGCAGAGGGCAUGCCCCCUGGCAGUCAAGAGAGCAGCCAGGCACAACAAGAACCUAGAACUCUAGACACCACAUAUGGAGGAGGGUCAGGUAACUUCAUAGUGGCUGCACAGGGAGGAAAAACAACCUAUUUUGAAAAUCAGCUUGUGAUCUGUGAUGUUCAGAAUUCUGCCAGUCUCUUAGGGCCUAACCAAGACUGUGUCCAGGACCUCCAGGCUUCCAAUGGCUUAGAAGAAGGAAGGGAAAGUCCCAAACAAGAUGCUGUCCUGCCUGGAUCCCUGAGAAGAAUUGAACUGGAAGCCCCCUCACAGCAGAGUGUGAAGGGGGAUGUUGGUUCUGGGUUGGCAGAAGCCUGCAGGGCAGGCAGCAAACUUCUCGGGCCAACUCCAUUGCCAGAUAAGAGACCUAGUCCAGAUCCUGGGGAAGAUAGGGAAGAGGCUCUGUGCAGAUGUCCACAGGAAACUUUUGACUGUGUUGUCUUCUCAGGGAGCAUUGAAGGCAGAAGGACACUCAGCCCAUCUGGGGGACAAGAAGACAGCAGAACUCUUCCUUGUCAACAACUGUGCAACCCUCAACCCAUUGCUUCUCAUGCCUGCUCCUCCCCUUCCCCCACUUUACUGUGUCACAGAGAUGGUGACCUGGGGAAGAGGACUUCUAAGGCUGCCCCACAAACUCUCCACCCAAUCUGCAAAGUAUUUUGCAGGGUCUGUGGAAUGGAUGAGAGAGGAGAGAGCUAUUCCAGUGACUCUGAUACUUUCUUGGUGCAUGGCCUUGAGCCCAAAGGCAUUUAUGUGAAAUUUGGACCAACAGACAGUAGCACACUAGAACCCUCUGCCACUGCUGCUGUCCUGUCUCUGGCUCAAAGAUGCAGCUCCCCUUCUGCCCCUGAUAUGACGACCAGUUCCGUCAGCCACUCAGUUGCUGUAGGGGAUCCCGAGGAACAGGUUGCUGAGAAGAAAGCCAGCUCAGAGCUUGAGGCUGCCCCUUUUCCUAAAGGUGUGUGCUCUGAGCCAGUGAGGAAGUUUCAGGACAGCUCAGUAGGUGGCCAGAAUGCACAGCCAGAACUACCUGCAACAACCAGGAGACAACACAUCCUGCGUUUAAGUGAAGGGUCUGUUGAGAAUGAGCUGCUGGUGGAACCACAGCAUGGAUGUUUAGAAAAUGCCGUAAGAUGCCUUCCAGAAAAGCCACAACUUUCCACUGAGUCCAGAGAUCACAGUGACUUGGAUCCCCAAGCCAAAUUCGCAGCGAAGUUAAAGCACGUCUCCAGUCCCCAGGUUAGCAGUCCCUGGAAGGAGGAGAAGCAGCAGAGAGAGCAGACUUCAGGUGAUGGCGAAGACCCUGACCAGGGCAUGCGUCCCCCACAUUCCGAUGAAGGUGGUUUGGAUGGUUGUCAGAUGAGAGAUGCAGGCAGAGAGGAGGGGGCUGCGGCCAAGGCCCCUGUGUCCAAGAUGUACUCAUCAGGCUUUCAAGACUCAGCCAGCAACCCUAUGGGGCCUGUGGCCCAGAGCCCUGGCCACCCCUAUUCUGGAAGGGAGCAACCGGCUCCCCACCACAGGCGCUCACUUCCUGUGAUUGCAAUCUUCUCUGGCCCCAGUCACUCCAGGUUCACCCCCAGACCACAGUUCUCAGUAGUCAGCUCUUCCCGAUCUCUUCGGGAACUGAACUUGAGUGUAGAACCUCCUUCCCCCACAGAUGAAGAGACACAGGAGCAUAACAAAUUGUGGAACCGACAUCCUAGGGGCCACUCCUCAGAAAAGCCAGCAGUGGAAACAUCUCCAGAAGCUGAGAGCUACCAUCAGAAAGCCUCAUCUAACCUGAACAGUAGUUCUACUUAUCACAGGCUCCUUCAACCUGCUAGCCCUCCUUACCCAACGCCUUCAACUCCCUCAUGCAUGCCAACCCCCAAUUUCACGACCCAUUGGAUGUCUGAUGCAGUGAAACAGGCCCAGCAGGGAAAGCCAGAGAGCCUGGAUGGCCCGGCCCAGUCAGAGAAGUGGUUUUCUCAGGCGGACAAAGGAGCACUGCACUUUGGCUCCAGUGACGUCAAUCCCUAUGUUCCGCCCUGCCCUCCAGAGGGUCCUCCGCCCAUUGGCUGGAAGCAAUGUGUGUUUGGUAGUGCAGUCGAUGUCUCCUAUAGCCAGACAUCCCAGGGCCUGGUACCAUCAAAAAUAGCUUGGUGCUCCAGCAUGGACAAUGGCCUAGAGGACCGGAACACCCCAUUCCACUCCCACCUCAGUACCUACACCAAUGCCCAGGGCCUGGCAAGCCAACAUAGCAGCAUUGAAAAUACUCGAGGUUCACAGGAGGCCUGGGAAGUAUGGGAUUCCUCAGUUGCCUUGGGGAACCACCACGUCCUGAUAGGCCCUGAAGGAACAUCCCCCACUAAGGGUCCUGAAAAGAGAGCCCAGUUCCCAGGUACCCCUGAUGAAGCAGGCUGUAUGAGGAGUGAGCCCCCCUGGGCUGAAGGAAGUGCUGCAGGUCCAGUGGAUGAGAUUAUGCUGCUGUAUCCAUCAGAGGCAGGCAGCCCUGUGGGACAGUCUAGGAUGAACACCUUGGAGCAGGGCACACAGACCCUGGGCUGCAGGCUCCACUGGAGCCACACCAACAUCUCUGCUCAUUCGGAAGCUAGUGCAAUGCCAGUCUCUGAUCUGGCCUCCUGGGCCAGCAUGCAUAAUCUGUCUCUCUACCUCUCGCAGCUUCUGCACAGUACUUCAGAGCUGUUGGGGAGUCUUUCCCAGCCAGGUGUGUCUGAAAAGCAGCGAAACACCAAGAGGGAGACCCCAGGUGAGACACCCCGGACCAUUAUGAUGGACGGUUGUACUCAGACCACCAUAGAUGAGGGCAUCCAGACUGACCUGGCCUCACCACCUCCACACCUCCAGGCCCCAGAAGCCAGUCCUCAGGAGGUCAAUGUGGGCCUUGAAGUGCUGGGCUCAGAUAUCUCCACCAUGUCUCAAGAAAAAGGACAUGUCCCGGGGACAGUUCAAAAAAGAGAGGCAGAGGAAACAGCAUGGAAACCAGCACAACCCCCAGAUCUUCAAGAAGAAAGCACCCACUGCAGGCCGCAGAGCCCUCCAGUACCCUCAUCUCAUUUGAGGCUUCAGAAGUCCCCGCCUGGACAGAACCUCCCUUCUUUGAGCCCCCAGGCUUUUCCUGAUGCUUCCCUGCCUCCUGGCUCCCAGCCAGAGGAACCCUCUUGCCUGGCUGUCAGCAGCCCCAGCCUUAGCAUCUCUCACUCUCCAGGACCCUGCCCCAAUGCUGCAGAGUCUGUCAGGGAGCCUAGGGUCCCAAAGGAGGUGUGCUCCACGAGUGCCUUGUUGGUGGACAGGGCCUCCUCCCCAAUCCUCACCCUUAGUGCUAGCACUCAAGGGUCAGGGCUCCCCCUAGGCUCUUUGUCUCUCUCAGCCCCUUUAGUGCAACCUCUUGAAGGCCACCAGAAGCUUGUCUCCAGCCUGGACCUUCCCCUCAACUCCUCCAGGCCUCCAAUGGAUAAUUAUUUUCAAACCAUUGAUGAGCCAGGUAGCUCCAAGAGAGUGCAGGCUCUGUGUGAAGAAGGCAGAAGUUCCUUAGAAAGGAAUGAGGACAGGUCCGUCCUUGAGGUGAGUUCCCAAGGCAGCCCACAGCACAGCUCAGAAAUCCAAGUUCAUUUCUUAGAGCAGUCCCUUCAGCAGUUUCAGCCCCGAAACACCGCCUGGGUCCAGAGCAGACUGCUGCCUCUACCACUGAGGAACAGGAGUCAGAGGCUGGCUGAGGGCUUUGUCCCUGAGGACAUGGCUUCCCUGCAGUGUCGCCCACUUAGCAGUAGGGGGGCAAAUAAAUGGCAGAGCAGGACAGAAAAUGGGGGUAAGAGUUCAGCAUCUCCAGUGGAGCUACAACCCACUCUAGACAAUCGCUCUUCAUGGGGAGGCCUGCAGGACCUCAGCCCCUGCCCUGUCCCUGGGUUGACUGAUAAGACAAGGCUCCAGGGUUCUACCUUGGGCUCAGCUGAGGCCUGCCAACCUCAGGGGCUGCUGCGCUCCAGUUCCCAGAUGUGCAUGGCCCCUGAGCCCCAGCAUCACAGCCUGAGGGACCUCCCAGUGCAUAACAAAUUUAAUAGUUGGUGUGGGGUUCAGGAUGGCUCUCCUGGGGAGCUAGGAGUGAUGAGGUUGCUGAGAUCCAGACAUGAUCUCAGCUUUGGAGAGCAGGGACAGCAUCCCUCACAACCUCUUGAUAACCAGAGCCAGGAUCCUGAGUGCUCCCAGAGAAAGCCGAUCCCCCUGCAAGUUGGGGCUCAGAACCUCUCUCUCAGCACGGAACUCACAGAAGCAAAAUUACACCACGGCUUUGGGAAGUCAGAUGCCCUGCUCCAGGUGCUGCAGAGUGGGAUGGGGGAAGCGCUCACUGCUGAUGAACCUGUGCUGUCCACCUGGGAGGAGCUCCAUGCGCGGCAAAAACAAACCAUUGAGUCCCUCCGGAGACAGCGGGCUGAGCGACUUCAGACCUUCCGCCGGACACGAAGCCUCAGCCCCCAGAAGCAGCUGAGUCUCCUGCCUAACAGGGAUCUCCCCACCCGUGACCUUGACUUACCCAGCAGGCGCCGAGAAUAUCUGCAGCAACUGAGGAAGGAUGUUGUAGAGACAACCAGGAGCCCAGGGUCGGCAUCGAGGUCUGCUCACCCACCCUCUGACAUAGAGCUGAUGCUACGAGAAUACCAGCGGGCUCGUGAGGUGGCCAAGGUGGAGAUGGCCCGGGCCCGGGCCCGACUGCGGGAGCGAACUGAACAGGAGAGGCAGAGAAUCCGCCAGCAGAUCAUCUCCCAGCUGCUGAAGGAAGAGGAAAAACUACACACCCUGGUUACCUCCAGCCCCCUAUGCACCAGCUCCAAUGGGAGCCUCUCCUCUGGUGUCACCUCUGGCUACAACAGCAGCCCGGCCUUGUCAGGCCAGCUCCAGUCCUCAAGCAGUGUGGGGGACACAAAUUUGCCUGAUUCUGGAGACUCUUGGAUCGGGGAUGUGCAGGGCUGUUCUGCAGUGAGGAACAGUCACCUGAAUCUGGCUGGGUCUGCCUGGAAGAGCUGCAUCUACAGUCGCAGAGCCUCUCUGGGCAGUUGUUGCUGUUCUUCAUCCAGUGUGUCCAGCCAGGGGACCUGCUUCUCUUCCUCCUAUCAGGAUUUGGCCAAGCACAUUGUGGACAUCUGUAUGGCUGACGUAAUGGCUGCUUGCUCAAAUGAUCUGCACAAUCUUUUUAGUCGCCAGGCAGCAGCUGGCUGGAAGUAUCAGGGUGAGGAGCAGGAGGUGCAGCUCUACUACAAGGUGUUCUCCUCUACUCGGCACGGCUUCCUGGGGGCUGGGGUGGUGUCCCAGCCGCUGUCUCAUGUGUGGGCAGCUGUGAGUGACCCCACCCUGUGGCCCCUGUACCACAAGCCCAUCCAGACAGCAAAACUGCAUCAGCGAGUGACCAACAGCAUCAACCUGGUGUACUUGGUAUGCAAUCCAGCCCUGUGUGCACUGAAGCAGCCCCGGGAUUUUUGUUGUAUCUGCGCGGAAGCCAAAGAGGGGCACCUUUCUAUCAUGGCAGCUCAGUCUGUAUAUGACACAUCCAUGCCAAGACCCAGCAGGUGGAUGGUCCGAGGGGAGAUCCUGCCCAGUGCCUGGAUCCUGCAGCCCCUCACCAUGGAAGGAAAGGAGGUCACCAAAGUCAUCUACUUGGCCCAGAUAGAACUUGGUGCUCCAGGUUUCCCCCCUCAUCUCUUAAGCACCUUCAUCAAACAGCAGCCACUGGUUAUAGCCAGACUGGCAUCCUUCCUUGGUAGUUAGCAUCUUACUGUCAAGAUGGUGCUGCUGAGAUUCAGGCCCAGGAUGCUCCAGAAACUCUAAGGCAGCUCUUGUUCCUCUCUGUGAGGCUCUUCCUGAUGCAAGAAGAGCCAAGGCUACCUGCAUGGCCAACUGGGGAGACAGCACUCAGCCCUGAGUUGCCAGCAAAGCCCAGUCAGUAAGUACUUGGGCACAGCUGGCAGCUCUGCAGAGCAAGGGGCCUGAGCUCCUGACCCUGGCCAUCCAGAGCGAAUGAAGCUCAACUCAUCUUCUUGGAGUUUUCACCCUUCUUUCCUGUCUCUGGGACCCUAUGGCAGACAAGCUGCUCAAGGACCAGGACUGGACAUAGCCAGUGGAGCUGGGAGAUGGCAGUUCUCUGUCACAGUGCUUCCCUGGUGUGGCCCAGCCCUUGGGCUGGUAGGGAGACAGCCAUUGGCUAAAACUCUGCUCAGAAAUUGGCCUCCAGAAUUCAGUUUCACUGUGGGAUGGAGUGUUACCAAAACAGAAAACUGGUUUAAAAAAAGCUGCACAAACCAGAAGAGUGAUUCAGAAUCGUUUCUCCUUGAAUUUUUACCGAACGCUUUAUUAUUACUUUUCCACCCUCUUCCUUUUCCUUACAGGAGAAGACGUUUGGGUCUUUGUCUCCGUCAGGAGUAUUGAGCAAUGCUCUGUCAUGGAGCCAUCACUGCAGAGCUCAGUAGAAUGAGAAGACCACUCACUGUAGAAGCUGGCUGGACAGAUUUGGGGUCUAGCUCUUUAAGGGAGGAUGCGGUGGUUAGGAAGUGGGCAGCCUGAUGCUGGCUGCUGACAAGGCAAGAGGAAUUUCAGAGAUGAAAAACUGCCUUUUGACAAUGGGAGAGAACAUAAUAGACCUCCUAGAAGAGGUAAGUGGUUAGUGAGGAGGAAGCUCAGUUCCAUUCCUUACUGCCCUCGGAGCCUGGGUCAGUGGUCUCGUUAGCAUUUUACACUGCUGCAGCAGCCACACCUAUUUAGGAUGGAUGGAGAACGGGUAGUUUUCUUUUGCUUUAGCCCGGCUGGUUGUGAGCUUCUGAAUAUUCUGUAUGGUUAUGUGGAAGAGAUUCCCAGCUUUAGUUCUGGUGCCCAGAAGCAGGUGACUGAGUGGGGAAGAUGAUGUGGUAAAAAGGUAAAUUUCUGUAGAGUACAGCAGAGAUUUAUUUUUCUAAAAGUGUUUGCAGGAUUUUUUUCUCUUACCUCAAAUUUAUUUAUUUAUAUAUUAUUGAAUGGUUUUUAAGUUGCCUUUAACCUUUUAUUUUUCUGGGUUUUCAAUUUUAGCGACACUUGAUAUAUUUAACACCCUAUUUAUGUACUCCCAAAAAACCACCUCUUUUCAUAUAAAUCUCUUACCAAGACUGUUGAUUGAACUGUCAGAACACUUGCAAAUUAAAAGUCUGAUAUGUACUUUUA